AUGCUUUGGUCUGCUCCUCCGUUGCACCGUUCGGCUCGGUGCCCGACCCUCUGGCGUCGUCUCCUCCAGCUUUUCGCCGGGGUGGUCGUCGCCGCAAGCCUCUGGGAAGCGCUGGGCGUUCACCACCAAUUCCGGCCAUCGCUCGAUAUCCCGGUCGACCAACCGUCUCCACGCGGUCGCAUCUACAUCGCCAGCAUUCAGACCAAUACGGAAGCACUCUUGCGUCGCCACUGGAACCAUGCCGUGGUGGAACUGGCGCGAACGCUGGGCCCUGACAACGUCUUUGUGAGCGUGUUGGAGAGCGCCAGCGAGGAUGAUACGCAGGAUACGCUGCAGGAUCUCGAUCACGGCCUGCAUCGCUUCGGCAUCGCUCGAAAUAUUACGCUCGGCUUUCCGACACUGAACGAGGAUUCGCGGACGGCAGCCAAAGAGCACGGCUGGGUGGCUGACGCGCAUCAGAACCAAAAGCAGAGGCGCAUACCAUACUUGGCCCGCCGGCGCAAUGCCUCGCUACAACCUUUCUACAGCCUAUUAGCAGACGGAAUCACCUUUGAUCGGAUCCUGUUUCUAGAGGAUGUGGUGUUCUCGACUGCUGAUGUCCUUCGCCUUUUGGACACUAACGGCGGCGAUUAUGCGGCGGCGUGCGCCCUCGAUUUCUUCCAGCCCCCACGAUAUCACGACGCCGGCGCACUGAGAGACUCGCAGGGCCAUCGGCCGAUUAUGUCCACAUGGCCGCUGUUCCGGGCCGCCGACUCGAGACGCGCCAUGCAAAUCUUGUCGCCCGUUCCCGUGGCGAGCUGUUGGAAUGGAAUGGUCGUCAUGCCAGCACAUCCUUUCAUGGCCGAAACGCCACUGCGAUUCCGAGGCAUUGCCGACCACUUGGCUGCGGCCCGACUUGAAGGUUCCGAGCGCUGUCUACUGCACGCCGACAACCCUCUGUCAGCUACCCGAGGCGUAUAUGUGAAUCCCCGAGUGCGCGUGGCCUACAGCGGCACGGCGUAUGCAGCCGUGCAACCCGUCCGGAACUGGCUGUCCUUUUGGCAUGUUCUGGGGUCGUUAUGGGAAAGUCGUCUGCGACGCGGUUUGGCCAUCCCGUCACCGACUGAAUGGAGGAUCCGCCGUCGCCUGGCGCGAUGGGAAAGUCGAAGCACUUCAAAUCGAGAGCCCGGUGGGUUCUGUCUCCUGGACCAGUCACAGGAGUUCCUUCUCUCCGGUGAUGCACAUUCAUAA